ACAAAAGUCGUGUUGGGCGGGAAAAUGAAGCUUCUCACGAAUAUCGAGAAAAAAGAAGAAGGUGAUUUUUGAAGCCCGCCUCGCUAAUUUCGCCUUUCACUCUCUCAUUUCUCUCUUUCCUAUUUUGGCGUCUCAUCUCCCCCAGCUCGUACUUAAACCCUACAAUUCAGAAGAAAGUUAAGCUUCUUAUUACAUUCAAAGAUGGUGGUUCCAUGCGUUGCCGAGCUUUCCGAUCCUGUCAAUGAUGCGAUGGUCCCGAGACGUUGCAGUGCGAGAAUAAAAAAAUUGAAGAGUGAGCAGGAAGCUCAGCGUGAGCGUGAGAGUCAGAGAGUACGGUGCCGCUCCAAUGACGACUCAGUUCUUGGGAAGAAAACCAAGGUUUAUAAGAAGAGCAAGCUUGUUACUCCCUCACAAGCUCAAGCUCAAGCUCAAGCUCCUAAUAAUGACGUCACAGUUGCCACUGUUGAUAACGAUGACGUCACUAUAACCAAUGUUGCUGCGCCAAAUGACUGUACCGAUCAUCCUGUUCCCGAAACCUAUCUGAAUCCCCAGCUUAGCGGGAACGGGACUGAAAAAAGUUCGCAUGCCAGGGUGACAGAGACUCUGCGGAUAUUUAACAAGCAUUAUCUCCAUUUCGUUCAGGAAGAGGAGAUAAGAUGUGGAAGAGCCCAAGCAGAUCAAAAAACAAAGAAACAUUCAAAAUCUAAGGAAGCCGAAGAUGAUGGUAAACGCAGUUCCAAGCGGCCUGAUCUAAAGGCGAUUUCCAAGAUGAUAUCAGAAAAGGAGGUUUUGAAUCGUGAGAGAAUUGGCUCCCUUCCAGGCAUUGAUGUUGGUCAUCAGUUCUUUUCGCGUGCUGAGAUGGUCGUUGCGGGAUUCCAUAACCAUUGGCUAAACGGCAUAGAUUGUGUUGGCCAAUCUGCAGGGAAAAAAGGGGAGUACAAAGGCUACAGUUUGCCCCUUGCGGUUUCAAUUGUCGUAUCGGGACAGUAUGAAGAUGACCAGGACAACUAUGAAGAAGUGGUCUAUACUGGUCAAGGUGGAAAUGAUCUGCUUGGUAACAAGCGCCAAAUAAAGGAUCAAGUCAUGGAACGGGGUAAUUUAGGGCUUAAGAACUGUAUGGAGCAAUCUGUACCUGUAAGGGUUACACGUGGACAUCGGUGUGUGAAUAGUUACGUUGGAAAGGUUUAUACUUAUGAUGGCUUGUAUAAGGUUGUAAAUUACUGGGCGGAGAAGGGUAUUUCUGGAUUCACUGUCUAUAAGUUUCGAUUAAAGCGUAUUAAAGGACAACCUGUGUUGACCACCAACCAGGUACAUUUUACUCGAGGCUGUAUUCCCAACUCCAUUUCUGAAAUACGAGGGUUGGUAUGUGAGGACAUUUCUGGUGGACUGGAGGAUAUUCCCAUUCCCGCAACUAAUUUAGUUGAUGAUCCACCGGCAGCACCGUCAGGUUUUACUUAUAGCAGGGAUAUCGUAUGUGCCAAAGGUAUAAAGUUCCCUUCAGCUCCCACAGGAUGCAACUGUCAUGGUUCAUGUCUUGAUCCAAGAGUUUGUUCUUGCGCUAAACUCAAUGGUUCUGAAUUUCCCUAUGUUCAUAAAGAUGGUGGAAGACUUGUUGAGCCAAAGGCUGUAGUCUUUGAAUGUGGUCCGAAUUGUGGAUGCGGACCUGCCUGUGUCAACCGUACUUCUCAGAAAGGAUUAAGAUAUCGGCUUGAGGUUUUUCGUACUCCAAACAAGGGAUGGGGUGUGAGAUCAUGGGAUUAUAUUCCUUCUGGUGCAACCAUUUGUGAAUACACUGGUCUUUUGAAGAAGACAGAUCAGAUUGAUCCUGCAGCAGAUAACAACUAUGUUUUUGACAUUGAUUGCUUGCAAACAAUGAAAGGGCUCGAUGGGAGGGAGAGACGGUUGCGUGAGGUUUCUUUGCCGGGAUAUUGGCACAAUGAUGCUGAGAAGAUGUCAGACGGAGGGCCAGAAUAUUGCAUUGAUGCAGUCUCUGUUGGCAAUGUUGCAAGGUUUAUUAAUCAUAGUUGUCAACCUAAUUUAUUUGUUCAAUGUGUGUUAAGCACCCAUCAUGACAUUGGUUUGGCAAGAGUGGUGCUAAUGGCAGCUGACAACAUACCUCCUCUGCAGUGAUUAACUUAGGGUCCGUUAUGGAAAGUGGGGCUACGAUAAGAAGAUUGUGUUCAAGAAUCACGGGAAAUGUAAAAGAUACUAAAGGGUUAUAUGAGAGAUUCUUUGUAGAGAACAGUGAGAACAUGUUCUGUAGCUUUUCUAAAGGUUAUACUGAUGCUGCCAAAAGCCCUUCAAAAUUUAUGUCAUCAGUUUGCCCUAUAUCUUGAAGUUGAAUAAUGUGCACAAUCAAUUUCCAACCAGUUUGUGCAUCAAGAUUAUAAAAUUGUCUCACUGUUCUCUUUGACUGGAAUCUGUCUUCAAAACUAGUUAACUCCUCUCUAAGAGCUGUAGCUUUAUAGCAAGCUGUUUUGACUUUUGACCAAUCAGCAAGCUAGAAAAAUUGCUUAUUACGGUGUACUGUUUUUUUCUUUUUUUUCUUUUUUCUUUUGAGGUGUUAGUCACGUUUGAUUGUAUGAUUCAGAUUUUACCUGACCCUAAAUACCUGUAGGCUGGACUUUUAUCUCCUUGUUAAGCACAGUACU